AUGUACGCCGCUCAGAAUAUAACGCCAACAGUUUUGGAUGCCAUGAACGGAAAUGUUUCCGAAUGGUAUAACGAAUGCGACAAUGCCAUUAGAAGGUCAGAAAUAGUUCCUGGAACUUACGAAUAUACAACUGCUGUUUCUUAUGGAAACGUAGGUGAGUUUGGAGAAGGUUCUUCAACAACAGUAGAUAUUGCUUGCGACAGGUUUCAUAUUAUUUCUAUUGACAACUCAUUCUUAUACGUGGAACAAGACAUUGAAAUAAAACCUUCUGCCAAGUUGUCUGACAAGAAAGGUUGCAAUGGAAUUUUCUAUGUCGGAUACCAAUAUGCUCCAGAAGUUUUCAUGGGAUAUAAGAUAUAUUCUAACUCUGACUUAGUUCAAACAGUAACAUGGGCAAACUAUGAAUGGUUCGCUUUGAGAAACUCAGUACAACCACAAGCUAGAGAACAAACAGACCAGUAUGCAACUAUUGAGAAAAUAAGAAGACUUGACCCUAACGUUCCAGGAGUUUAUGUUAACCUUUCUGGACAAACUGCAGCAGCAGUAACCAAAGUAAAACUGAAACUUAGAGUUCCUUUGUCAUCUUUCCUCAUCUUCAGGUUUUUAAGAUACUUGCCAAACUGGGCAGGAAAAAUUUCUAUCGAACUUACUCCAAGCAAAAAUAACUUAGUCAUUGCACCAACACAAGACCCAUUCACUCUUACAGAC